AUGAAGCCUACCUCAGCGCCAGAGGUGGCUCCGCAGCCAGCCUCAGAUAUCCGAAUAUUCGCCAGCAGCUGCUCCAUGCAUGGCCUGGGCCAUAUCUUUGGCCCAGGGGGCCUGACCCUACGCAGGGGACUGUGGGCUGCAGCUGUGCUCCUGUCGCUGGCCGCCUUCCUCUACCAGGUGGCUGAGAGGGUGCGCUACUAUGGGGAGUUCCACCAUGAGACGGCCCUAGAUGAGAAGGAGAGUCACCAGCUCACCUUCCCGGUAGUCACCUUAUGCAAUAUCAACCCGCUGCGCCGCUCAAGCCUCACACCCAACGACUUGCACUGGGCCGGGCCAGCACUGCUGGGCCUGGACCCCACUGAGCAUGCUGACUUCCUGAGAGCCUUGGGCCGGCCCCCUGCCCCACCUGGCUUCAUGCCUAGCCCCAGCUUUGACAUGGCACAACUCUACACUCGGGCUGGGCACUCCCUGGAUGACAUGCUGCUGGACUGCCACUAUCGUGGCCAGCCCUGUGGGCCAGAGAACUUCACUGCGAUCUUCACCCGCAUGGGUCAGUGCUACACCUUUAAUUCUGGAGCUGGCGGGGCUGAGCUUCUCACCACUCCCAAGGGCGGGAUGGGCAACGGGCUGGAAGUCAUGCUGGAUGUGCAGCAGGAUGAGUAUUUGCCUAUGUGGAGGGACACGGAGGGCACUCCAUUUGAGGUAGGGAUCCGAGUGCAGAUCCACAGCCAGGAGGAGCCACCCAUCAUCGACCAGCUGGGCUUCGGGGCAGCACCCGGCUACCAGACCUUUGUGUCCUGCCAGCAGCAGCAAUUGAGCUUCCUGCCACCGCCCUGGGGCGAUUGCAGUUCUGUAUCUCUGGAUCCGGAUUUAGAGCUGGAGCCCUCUGGUCCUCUGGGUUCUCCCAACCCUAGCCCAGGCUCCAGCCCUCCCUAUAGCCUAAUGGGUUGUCGUUUGGCCUGCGAGACCCGCUAUGUGGCUCGGAAGUGCGGCUGUCGAAUGAUGCAUAUGCCUGGCGGAGCGCCAGUCUGCAGCCCCCAGCAGUACAAGGACUGUGCCAAUCCAGCCCUGGACGCCAUGCUGCGGAAGGACGCGUGCGCUUGCCCCAACCCGUGCUCCAGCACGCGCUACGCCAAGGAACUCUCCAUGGUGCGGAUACCGAGCCGCGCCGCCGCCCGCUACCUGGCCCAAAAGUACAACCGCAGCGAGGCGUACAUCGCGGAAAACAUAUUGGUGCUGGACAUCUUCUUCGAGGCCCUCAAUUACGAGACGGUGGAGCAGAAGAAGGCCUAUGAAGUGUCAGAGCUGCUUGGUGACAUUGGGGGCCAGAUGGGGCUAUUCAUUGGUGCCAGCCUGCUCACCAUUCUUGAGAUCCUGGACUACCUCUGCGAGGUGUUCCGAGACCGGGUCCUGGGAUAUUUCUGGAACUACAGGCGCUCCCAGACGCACUCCAGCACCCAUCUGCUACAGGAAGGGCUGGGUGGCCCUCAAACCCAUGUUCCCCACUGCAGCCUGGGCCCCAGGUGUCCCACCCCUCCCUGUGCUGUCACCAAGACUAUCUCUGCCUCCCACCGCACCUGCUACCUGGUUACACGGCUUUAG